GCAAACUACAGUAUGUGAAAGUGCUGAUGGGACCCCCCCCACCUGCUGCAGUAAAGCUCAAAGCCACAGAAGAACGAUCCAGCGCCCUGCCUUUGUUGCUGCUGUUUGUGUGUUUACUGCCUGCUAUAAAAAGCAUCGGUGCCGUCGUGACUGGUGAUUCUGUGGAAGACGAUGGCCGCCGUACCAGGACCUCCUCUGCUCCUGCCUCUGUCUCUGCUGCUGCUGUUGAGCAUGGCGUCCCCGCCUGCAGCAGCGUACACCCUCAACCCCGAACUGCAGCCGCAGCACAAAAUCCUGCACCUGGAUUGGCCAAAGGAUUGUGGCAUGGCUCACUUCAAACCUAACAUGGCUGAAAGGAUUGUCUCUGGGAACGAGGCCAGGCCUCACUCUUGGCCCUGGCAGGUGUCUUUGCAGGUUCGACCGAGGGGGAGUAAACAUUACAUUCAUGUCUGUGGAGGAACUCUCAUCCAUCAGAACUGGGUCCUCACUGCAGCUCACUGCUUCCAAAAAGGUAAAGCUGAGGAUCCUGGGAGCUGGAGGAUAGUCCUGGGGAAGCACCAGCUGAAGCGUUCAGAGACGGCGGAGAGGAUUUUCCCCGUCAGGAGGAUCUACCGGCACGAGAGCUUCCGUUACCCCACCCACAGCGAGCUGGACUACGACAUCGCCCUGGUGAAAGCUGCCACGGACAUCCUCCCUUCAAACUUCAUCCGCUACGCCUGCCUGC